AUGGAUAAAGUGGGGAAGAUGUGGAAUAACUUCAAAUACAGGUGUCAAAAUCUCUUCGGUCAUGAGGGAGGGAGCCGUAGUGAAAAUGUGGACAUGAACUCCAACAGAUAUCUGUCUGUUAAAGAGAGAAACAUCAGUAUAGGAGACUCAGCUCCUCAGCAACAAAGCAGUCCCUUAAGAGAAAAUGUUGCCUUACAACUGGGAUUAAGCCCUUCAAAGAAUUCUUCAAGGAGAAACCCUAACUGUGCCACUGAAAUUCCUCAGAUUGUUGAAAUAAGCAUUGAAAAGGAUAAUGAUUCAUGUGUCACCCCAGGAACAAGACUGGCAAGAAGAGAUUCCUACUCUCGGCAUGCCCCAUGGGGUGGGAAGAAAAAACAUUCCUGUUCUACAAAGACACAGAGUUCAUUGGAUACUGAUAAAAAGUUUGGUAGAACUCGAAGCGGACUUCAAAGGAGAGAGAGGCGGUAUGGCGUAAGCUCGGUGCACGAUAUGGAUGGCAUGUCCAGCAGAACUGUGGGAAGUCGCUCUCUGAGACAGAGGUUGCAGGAUACGGUGGGCUUGUGUUUUCCCAUGCGAACUUACAGCAAGCAGUCAAAACCCCUCUUCUCUAAUAAAAGAAAAAUACACCUUUCUGAAUUAAUGCUUGAGAAAUGCCCUUUUCCUGCCGGCUCAGAUUUAGCCCAAAAAUGGCAUUUGAUUAAACAGCAUACAGCCCCUGUGAGCCCACACUCAACAUUUUUUGAUACAUUUGAUCCAUCCUUGGUUUCUACAGAAGAUGAAGAAGAUAGACUUCGAGAGAGAAGACGGCUUAGUAUUGAAGAGGGGGUUGACCCUCCCCCUAACGCACAAAUACAUACAUUUGAAGCCACCGCACAGGUUAAUCCGUUAUAUAAACUGGGACCAAAGUUAGCUCCUGGAAUGACCGAAGUAAGUGGGGACAAUACUGCAAUUCCACAAGUUAAUUGUGACUCAGAAGAGGACACUACUACCCUGUGUCUACAGUCUCGGAGGCAGAAGCAACGUCAGGUGUCUGGAGAUAGCCAUGCCCACGUUAGCAGACAGGGAGCUUGGAAAGUCCAUACACAGAUUGAUUACAUACACUGCCUCGUGCCUGAUUUGCUUCAGAUUACAGGGAAUCCCUGUUACUGGGGAGUGAUGGACCGUUACGAAGCAGAAGCCCUCCUUGAAGGAAAACCUGAAGGCACAUUCUUGCUCAGGGACUCUGCGCAAGAGGACUACCUCUUCUCCGUGAGCUUCCGGCGCUACAACAGGUCCCUGCACGCCCGGAUUGAACAGUGGAACCACAACUUUAGUUUUGAUGCCCAUGACCCAUGUGUAUUUCACUCCUCCACUGUAACAGGACUCUUAGAACAUUAUAAAGAUCCCAGUUCUUGCAUGUUUUUUGAACCAUUGCUUACUAUCUCACUAAACAGGACUUUCCCUUUUAGCCUGCAGUAUAUCUGCCGUGCAGUAAUCUGUAGAUGCACUACAUAUGAUGGAAUUGAUGGGCUCCCUUUACCGUCAAUGUUGCAGGAUUUUUUGAAAGAGUAUCAUUAUAAGCAAAAAGUUAGGGUUCGCUGGUUAGAACGAGAACCGGUCAAGGCAAAGUAA